AUGGGGAUAUUAUUUAGCAAGAAAGGACCAUCUGGAUUUUCUGCUUUUUCGACAGCAGAGGAGGUUACUCAUGGGAUUGAUGGAACUGGUCUUACUGCCGUAGUCACAGGAGCUUCAAGUGGUAUUGGCGUAGUGACAGCACAUGUCCUUGCUUUGCGUGGUGUCCAUGUAGUAAUGGCAGUCAGGAACAUUGAUGCUGGGAAUAAUGUUAAAGAAGCAAUACUUAAGGACAUUCCCACUGCUAAAAUUGAUAUCAUGGAAUUAGACCUCAGCUCUUUAGCAUCUGUAACAAAAUUUGCAGCGGACUAUAAUUCUAAAGGCCUUCCACUGAACAUCCUUAUUAACAAUGCAGGGGUUAUGGCAACUCCAUUCAAGCUUUCUCAAGAUAACAUAGAACUUCAGUUUGCUACGAACCAUUUAGGUCAUUUUCUCCUCACAAAUCUUCUCUUGGAGACAAUGAAACACACAUCGCGAGAGAGCAGAAUAGAAGGAAGAGUUGUUAAUGUAGCAUCUUUAGGCCAUAAAUUUGGGUAUCCGGAAGGAAUUGUUUUCGAUGAAAUCAAUGAUGAAUCAAGGUACAACAAAUAUCGUGCAUAUAACCAAUCCAAGCUUGCUAACAUAUUACAUGCUAAUGAGCUUGCAAGGCGUUUAAAGGAAGAAGGUGUGGAGAUAACUGCUAAUUCUCUUCAUCCCGGAGAUAUUUACACAAAUCUUUUACGCAAUGUUCAUAGCUUUUUUCAAUGUUUUUUUAAGACGCUGUCCCUGCUGGGUAUAUUUAUGUCAAAAACCGUUGAGCAGGGAGCGGCGACAACAUGCUUUGUGUCACUUCAUCCACAAGUAAAGGGAGUAAGCGGGGAAUACUUUUCAGGGUGCAACAUCACCAAACCGAGCUCUCAGGCAAAAGAUGGAGAUGUGACCAAGAAACUCUGGGAAUUUAGCUUGAGUUUGACCGAUCGAAAGGGCGGCACCCACAUUCUUGGUGUCACUCCAUCCACAGGUCAAAGGAGUAAGCGCCGAAUAAGGACUAUAACAUUGCCAAAUCGAGCUCUCAUGCAAAAGAUGCAGAUUCGCUACCAGACUGGGAUUUUAGCUCGAGUUUGGCCAAUCCCUAGUACUAGAGGUUUUAGUCCUCAUCCUAAUAGCCAAAAGAUAGAUGCAGAUUUUUUGGACUGCAUGUUAUGA